AUGGGCCGUCUCUAUGAUUUAUCUGAUUGGUCUACAAAUCUGGAGUAUGAUUCGAUGAACAAAAAGCGUUGCAGUAAAUCAUCGUACAACACUUAUAGAAGGUCAUCCUUGAAAGAAACAAGCUCUAAUGAGGCAUCAAGUUAUGUCUCAACUUCGAGAGAUAGCUCAGCUUCGAGAGAUAGUACAACUUCAAGCGAAACAGCAAGCUCUGUUGCCAAGACAAGCGAUGCUACCUUCCAACCUCCUAAAUCCAAUGACGUAUUAACAAAGUUUCGAAAUUUGUGGUGGUCCGAUGGAAAUAUACACCCGAGUGCAAACUGGGAUGAAGCUUC